AUGGCAGCUGCAACACAAACCCACCCCGAUCCGCCUCCGGGCGCCUCGCCAGCCUUCAUCCCCCUCGAAGCCAACCCAGAACUCAUGACGAGCCUCCUGCACCGCCUCGGCCUGAGCAGCGCGCUGCAGGUCCACGACGUCUACUCCAUCUCGGAGCCCGAGCUGCUGGCCUUUAUCCCCCGCCCGGCCUUGGCCCUCCUGCUCGUCUUUCCCGUCUCGGCCGUCUACGAGUCACAGCGCAUGGCCGAGGACGCCCCCUUGCCCGCCUACGCGGGUAAGGGCCCCGGCGAGCCCGUCGUCUGGUUCCGCCAGACAAUUCGCAAUGCCUGCGGUCUCAUGGGCCUGCUCCACGCCGUCAGCAAUGGCCCGGCUCGAGAGUACAUUGAGUCCGGCUCCGAUCUCGAUAAAUUAAUCAAGGAAGCCGUGCCUCUAGCACCGGCAGAACGCUCCAAGCUACUAGAACAAACAUCAUCCCUCGCCAGUGCCCACCACGAGGCCGCCAGCCAGGGCGACACGGCGGCCCCCGACGCCCAGGACGACAUCGACCUACACUAUGUAUGCUUUGUCAAGACAGGCGACGGCACGCUUUGGGAACUCGACGGCCGCCGCAAGGGACCUCUAGCCCGUGGCAAGCUCGACGAGAAUGAGGACGUCCUUUCGGAAAAGGCUCUGCUCUGGGGUCCUCUCAAAUUCCUCGAGCGCGAAGGCGGCGAUAUGCGCUUUAGCUGCGUUGCAUUGGCAGGCUCUUUGGAUUGA